AUGUUACUCAGCUUACCGUUGCUGGAAAAUUUGAUCAAAGGUGAACGAAGUGGCAGAAAUCGUAGACAACAACUUGGAGAUUACGUGGAUCGCAUGCACUGGGAUGUGACAGUUUGUAUCCUUUGUGUCUUCGCAUUGCUCGUUGGAUCGAAGCAACACUUUGGGAAUCCGAUCGACUGCUUCAUAUCGGCAGAAAUCGAUAAUAUUGAUAUGUCGAUGAUUGUUACGGAGAGUUCGGAGUUGAAUAUGGAAAGGUGCCCCUCUGACCGUUCCUCUAAGCUGAACAGAGUAGCUGAUUACAUCUUCAGCUAUUUCUACUACAAAGGAAUUGCUAGGCGCGGUUUCAUACCCUCAUUAUUUCGUCUGCCAGGUAUAGCAACUGCAUUCUACAUUAUUACGAAAUUCUUCUAUCUUCUAAAUGCAUUGUUGCAACUUUAUCUCAUUACGUUCUUUCUUGGUUUUCCUGAUAUGCAUUGGGGACUGAAGGUUAUGUUCAGUUUAUUGAAACAACAAUUUUUUCCUCGUGUUAUUGCUGGGCCGCUAGAAUUCAAUGAACGUCUGUCGCAUUUCCCAUAUUUCCCACUUGAAGUUGGCUGUAACUAUACCAACCUGAUAUUGAUUACCAGUGUUAACAUUGUCGUGUUUAUUGGAUCGAUCAUGAACAAAUCUCGUAGACAAGAAGCGAUUCUCUCGAUUCUUAAGGAGAAGAAUGACGAGGAUUUCAUGAAUAGUAAGUGCGAUAAGGCCCAUAUCUUCAUCGAUAGUUUAAGACAAACCAGUUUCUUGCUUAUGAGAAAUGGAAUCGUUCCAAUCGGAUUUUUGUUAUCUCAGUUUAUGGGCGCUGACGGUGUGCUACUGAUGCGAUUCAUAACUGCGAAAGCAGGACCGCUAACUUGUCGCGAUGUGCUGCAAGAGGGUACGAAGAAUAAAGGAAGUCGUGAAUCACCGUCAGAUACUGAAAUAAUUGCAAAGACCAAAAGAAGAAAAAUGAAGCACGAUCGAAUGUCUCGUAGCACACAUAGGAGAGCUCGAAGACGUGCUACAACGGCCCACAUCGAUGAGCCAUCGAUGCUAAAAACAGAGAGAGAUGAGCACGAUGGCGUACCGAAAGCGAAAAGUCCACGACAAAAGGAGAACGUCGACGGUCCACCGAAGGCAGGAUCUCCAUUAAAAAGGCCCGCAGAGAAGAGUUCGAAACCGCAAUCUUCCGAUAAUCGUUUUAUUUGGGCUCAAAAUCUCCUACUUCAUGUGACUACAGUAUCGAUUAGAAAAGAAUUUAUUCAAAAUAAAAAGUACAAUCCAGCAGAAUACACAUUUGAACGUUAUAAACAAAACAUGAUGAAAAACAGAUUUCACAGGUAUGAGGACGUGAUUUGUAUGGAUGAGAAUCGUGUGAUUUUAAAACAACGCCCCUCUGACAAUGACUAUAUUCAUGCAAAUUGGAUAGUGAUGCCCGAUGGACAGAAAUACAUUUGCACCCAGGCAUGUUCUCCCAAGCAAAGUCCUCUCUUUCCUUUUACUUUUUUCUUUCUUUUUUUGACACUCUCAGCUGUUGUAAAAUUGGCUGAAUUGCAGGGUCCGUUGCAAGAAACACUUGAGGAUUUCUGGCAUAUGAUUGUAACCGAACAAUGUUGUGUGGUGGUGAUGUUAUGCCCGUUGAGAGAUGGUGACUCUUUGUAUUGGAAAGUGCCUUAUUCAACGGUGGUGCAUCAUUUUAUGUUUCAUGAUUGGCCAGAUCAUGCCGCUCCUCUCGAUCCAUCUCCUGUUAUUGCGAUGGUAAAAUUUGCUCGUCAACUUUGCAACAACAAUCCUAUUGUUGUUCAUUGCUCGGCAGGAAUUGGUCCAUCUGUUUGUUUCAUAGGUACUGAUUAUGUUGCACAAAAGGUUAAAGAAGAUCCCAGUGUAAAAAUGCUCGACAUGCUAGUUUACCUUAGAAAUCAACGAUUGCAAGGAAUUCAAAGUAUAAUACAGUACACAUUUUUACAUGUUUGUGUGCUGGAAUUAUUUGUCAAUGAUAAGAUUAUACCUCGAGAAGGAAAGUAUUCGGAAUUUCUUAACUCAUAUGUAAGGAUGAUGACAAGAUACAAUAGAAGAGUUGCAGCAUUUAUUACCAAAGAAGUAGAAGAAGCACAUCCAAAUUGA